ACAUAGCAUCUAAAACACAUUUAAUAAAAAUCACAAAAUGCAAGUAUUUAGUCUUGAGCGUUGUAAAGAUAUUAUAGCACAUGUUAUGCCCUUUUAAUCAUUUUGUAGUAUUUUCAAAUAUAUUUUAAUGUACACAAAAGUUAACAUGCAGUAUAAGUCUAAGGUGUUCUUUGAUUAGUAGUACUAGUAGUGGUUGAGACGAUUGCUUGAUGUUUGAACAACCAGUUUAGGUGUGACUGUAAUCUUUUUUCAAUUUGAUUAAGUCACUACACGUGCAUUAGAAUUAGUUUUAUGAUUUUUAAGUUUAAAAACAUAAAAAAACAAAGCCAUCUAUUUAAAAAGUAUUAUAUUAUGCAUAUAAAUUAUAAUCUGUACUGUAACUUAUAUGUUGUAUUGUAAGUUACGUGUACUGUGUAGGUAGUGUAAGAAUCGCACACACGUUCUCGCACAGACUUUUGAACUGACGAAUACUAAAUUCAUAUAAUUAUUGACAAAUUAUUAUGAGCUUGAACAGUAAAAAGGAAUUCAUGGAUGCUUAAUAUUGAAAAUUCAGUAUGAAGAAAAAAGUAGCUGUGGUAACGGGUGCAAACAAAGGAAUUGGCUUUGCCAUUGUAAAAUCACUGUGUACAAAAUUCAAAGGAGAUAUCAUUUUGACUGCAAGAGAUGAAAUUCGUGGCAAGAAUGCUGUUGCAAAGCUUAAAGAAUUGCACUUAAACCCAAUAUUUUAUCAGCUGGAUAUCACCGAUGCAGAUAGCAUUUGUCGUCUGAAAGAAUUUUUGCUGAAAGUAUAUGGAGGGUUGGACAUACUUGUCAAUAAUGCUGCCAUUGCAUACAAGAUUUCAUCUGAUACACCAGAUGCAGACCAAGCAGAAAAAACUAUCAGAGUUAACUUAUUUGGAACGUUAUGUGUUUGCAAGACAUUGUUUCCAAUCUUGAGACCCCAUGCAAGGGUAGUCAAUGUGUCCAGUGCAGCAGGAAUGCUUCAUAACAUUCCCAAUGAAAAGAUCCGAGAAAUAUUACUGUCACCUAAACUAACUGAACAAAAGCUUUGUGAUAUAAUGAAAGAGUUUUUGAAGGAUUCCAAGGCAGGACUGAAACAGGAGAAAGGUUGGGCAAGCACAAAUUAUGAAAUGUCCAAGAUUGGAGUUACUGCUCUAACAUUUCUGCAGCAGAAACAGUUUGAAAAAGAUUCUAGAGAAGAUAUUGUGGUGAAUACUGUACAUCCUGGCUAUGUAAGUACAGACAUGACAAACAGAAAAGGCGUUUUAAACAUAGAACAAGGUGCUGAACCUAUUGUAUAUGCAGCAUUGUUGCCAAUUAACAUCACAUCUCCAAAAGGUGAAUUCAUUUGGGAAGAUUCUAAAGUUGUGUCAUGGAGGUGAAACCAGUGUUAAAGAAUUGUUUGACUGCAAGUGAAAUAUAGUAUUUCAAUACAUUUUGGAAAAUAACGUGUAAUGCAAAAACUGUUAAAUUUACACACACACACAUAUAUGUGU